GUUUAAAUUUCUUCCAGCGAUAUAAUGCCUACCUGUAAUUAGACCCACACUGAUUGGUGAUAGUAGUGAUCCGAACUUAUAAUAUAAAUCACAUGUGAACCUUUGGAGUGCCGAGUUUAGGAAUGGAUCAUUCUCCAGGUUCACAUGUGAUCUAUAUUAUAAGUUCGGAUCACUACUAUCACCAAUCAGCGUAGGUUUAAUAACAGGUAGGCAUUAUAUAGCGGGAAAAAAUUUAAACAAUAUCGAUACGGAUACUAAAGAUGUCGGAUACUCCGGUUCAGGUGACAACGAAGAACCCUAAAAAGGUUGAGGCUGAUAAGAGGCUUGCUGAAUUCAAUCGUAAAAAUAGGGAAGAAUAUAAAAGAUUGCUAAUGGCACAGACGGAGUUACAGUCGGCACCUCAGACACAAACCCAGCCGGCACCUCAGACACACUCAGCACCUCAGACACAGUUGGAGGAUCCUAAGGAUAUUGUCAUUGAGGAUUCUGUGACAGAUGGCCCUAAACACGGUGGAGUGAACUACACAAUAAUGGGUGGUGGUGUGAUAGUUAUGCUACUAAUUGGAGCGUUGGUGGUCUAUAAAAAUAAGGACAAAAAUAUUAGGGUGAAGGGUACCCCACCAAGUAACUCUGGUAAUAAAAAAACUAUGAGAAUAAGUAAGCUUGAAAUGGAAUAAAGGGAUAAUAUCGCGAUACUAUAAUCUUGAAGUAAAUAUAAGACAUGGAUAAGAAAAGUAUAGUCAACGAUAUUUAUAAAGCAUCGGUCGUAUGCGUUUUCGCUGUGGGCUAUUCAAUGCUCGGGAAAAAGGUAUUAAAAAUGACACCACCCUCAAUUCAGAAGUUUGACCUGGAAGAUACCGGAAAGCUUGUAGCCAUAGUCGCCGCAAGUGAAAUGACAAGAGAAUAUCUAGUUAAGCAAAAAAUUAUACCUGAAACUAUAAAUAUAUAAUGUUGCGAAUACUGGAAUGGUUGGUCUGGGUUUUAUAUCGACGUAAGAAAGUUGAGAGUAUUUUACCCAAGGUGGAAUACACGGAGGUGGAAUACACGGAGGUGGAUACGGAUGUCAUAGCCCCCGAGGCUAUCGCAUUAAAAUAACGCCACUAUAUUAUACCGGAUUAUAUAAACAUGGCUUCAAUUGCAAUGAUGUUGGGAGGUGCCUUCGCGAACGCUUUGGCCUUCACCGGAUCAAGCUACCUCUUUUCAAGUUUAUCAAAGGAUAGGAUAGAUAAGGAACGGAAGCGGCAUGAUCUGGCCAUAGAACAGCUGCAAAAGGCUCAGGUUAUAUGGCAACGUAAAAGACAAGAGAGGGUGGACUUUAUCAAUAAGCAGCUCAGACUUGAGAAGAAGGCCGAGGGUAAAUUCACGGAGCUGGAUGACGCGAUGCGGGAAUAUAAAAAAGUAUUUGGAGGAUCACCUCUCACAGAUAUUCCGCGCAGGCCCGUAUUGAGCGACUUUUAUACACCCAGCAACGGCCAGCAUGAACGGGAAUUGGCAUUUAUCGCGCUAAGCAUGAUCGGUGUCGGGGGUGCCGUGUGGUAUUUCGAAAAAUAGUACUAUGCCGCGGGUAUUAUGUUACAUGACACAUGUAACAUAUAUUCGGAAUAGC